AACACAACUGCUGCCUCCUCCUGCAGCCGGGCUGGUCACCGGUCACGCUGCUCACAGCCUGGAGUGGAGACAGCAGAAGGAUGCUCUAGAGAAAACCUGGUAUCUGAAAGGGGUUAAGAUUGAGAAUGAAGAGAUGGGGGAAUCCAAGGAAGGUGUGCAGGAAAUGAGAGAUGAAGAAAUCACCUUCGACCCGACAACUAUGCCCUGGUGGGCAUGCCUUGUGCCCUCCACAUUCCACACUCUUGGUUGUCCCUGCUCUCAGAGGCCUCUGCUGCUGCCUCCUGCCAGGCCUCCAAAGAUCCUAGAUCCUUCAGUGUUCACCCUCGCUCUCCCAGCUUCUGACCCUCUAUCCCCUGAGAAGAGGCAGCUACUGGCGUUCCCUGUGCAUGCUGCCUGCCCAGAGCCAGUAUUCCUUCCUGGUCGCUCUGAAAGCAGGCAUAGUCACCUUUACAGGCCAUAGUCACCUAAUACCUAAUCCAUAUUUGAAUCUUGUUACUAUGCACAGUCAACCAAACAUCCAUUAUCUGGGGCCUGAUUUUUCUAGAUUUUUCUCUAGUUAAUAAACAGUUGGGGAGGCCAAAAGGAGCCCAGACUGGGGCCGAUGAAGACUGGUCUGGGGCAAGACAGAGGCUGUACCAGUCUGGGCAGAGCAAGUGAGAUUAGCUUUCUGACUUUCUCACCAGGCUCCAUGGGCUUCAGUCCUCAGACAGGAUAGCUGGCUUCUGUGGGUCCUGGAUUUCAGUACUAAGACAGAGACAUACAAACACCCUCUUCAAGCAGCCUCACAUGGGUACACAAAGACAGCCCACAAUCCACAGUCCUACUCACCCAGGGACAGCAAGGCCAGGAUCGUAUGGCCCAUCCCACCACACACCCAGUAUCCAGCACUGUCACAAAACACAGACCCAUAGCCUACCGCUCCGCUUGCAGAGCUGCCCCGCCCCCGCGUCUUCUUCACAGUUGAUAUGUCACAUUGGAGUCCGAACACGGACCUGGGUGUCUCUCUGCAGCGCGCCAUUUACAUUUCUCUCUCGAUCUGUCAACCUGUCUGGGCUCCCUUCUCUCUCUCUCUGUCUCUGUCUCUCCCUCUCCCGCUCUGGGGCCGUCUGUCAGUCUCUUUUCGAAGCUUUGUCUCUCUGUCUCUGUUUCUGUCUCUGAUUUCUCGGCUGUCCGUUUCCUGCUCAUUCCCUAGUUUCUCUCUCUCUCUCUCUCUCUCUCUCUCCUUUCAUUUCUCUCUGCUGCUUCUGCUGCUAUGUGCUAUGAGACACCCCCCCCCCCAAAUUCAUAGAGGCCAGGGUGGGAAUGACAGAUUUGCCUUUUCCCAGACUGGUCAACAAGUACCGAUUGAGCCCUUUGCCAUGUUCUGUAUUUGGUUGGGGGCACCGAGGGACGUGUGAUGGCGAAUUGCUAUUUAUUUCUGUUUUCUGUUUGUUAUAUAUGAGUCCCCCUUGCCCCUUGUUUAGCUCUGCAUUCCCCCUCUGAGGUUUUAUACGUAUAUUGUAGCCUGACCCCUGUUUACCCCAUCACUGUGUUUAUCUUCCUUUAAGCGCUGAGAAUACCAAACUCCAGCUACAGGGUGAAAGUGAGGAUACAUACGGUGAGGGCUGAGAAUCGCUGCAGAGCCCUGGGAGCAGGCAGGGAACCUGGAGGCCCGGGGCUCGGCGGAGAGGUGGGGGGAGAUGGCGCGGCCUGCCCCGCCCCCGUGCUUCCCGCUCUGGGCGCCAGGGGUCGCUCCGCCUGCGGCCGCUUAUAGUGGCUCCUGCCGCGCAGCGACUCACACCACCCGCACUGCUGCCAGGGAGGAAGGUUAGGGACGCAGAGAGGGAGAGCGCUUGCUGGAGAGGGACGCCUGGCUAGGGCUCUGAUGAGGGCUGCGGCCACCGCGGCCGUAGGAGGCAGGUAGUGCUUUCCACGAGCUAGAGUGCAAAAUCUCUGACGAGGUCGCGUCCAGAGAGAGCCCCCCACCUCACCUCCCGCGCCAGCUCAGAGCCUGGGACGUCGGGAGAGCGGGGAGAGGUCCCCGGUCUAGCCGGGAGAAAUCAGCGAGGGGAGCCCGGGACCAGGCACAGCUGUCCGCAAGAAAGCAACUGUCUGGAGAGGUGGCAUCUUAGACCUGUGAGAAACCAGCCGUCCAAGAAGCUGCAGGUUUCAGGCGCCCUGAAUCAUUAGAACUGCACCCGAGGGUAAUAUCAGACUGUAGGUUCUGAACCCUCAAGGGCUGUCCUUGGCCCAGCUCACGGGGAGAUCGCCACCCUGACAGGCGGUUUGGGGAACAGCACUGCUGUCACAGAAGGAAUUCGCCGCGGCAAGGUGGUCCGGCACAGCCGUCGGGAGAUCCAGACCGGGGCCCGAGCCCGCGGAGAGCCCCGGGCCCCCGCCACCAUUGCGCCCAAAAGUGAGGAGGAUUUGCUGGCCCUGGCCGCGUCACGGCUGAGCCGCCGCAAGCGGGUGGCGGGCGCAGCCGUCGGGGUGGCCAUGGUGCUGCUGCUGCUGGUAGCCAUCCCGCUACUGGUGCACAGCUCUCGCGGACCAACACACUAUGAGAUGCUAGGUCGCUGUCGCAUGGUGUGUGACCCCCACGCAUCCCGAGGCCAAGGCCCCGACGGCGCGCCCGCCUCGGUGCCUUCCUUACCUCCAGGUGCCAAGGGAGAGGUGGGGCGGCGAGGGAAGGCAGGCCUGCGGGGGCCACCAGGACCCCCAGGUCCCAGAGGGCCCCCUGGAGAGCCAGGCAGGCCAGGACCCCCAGGUCCUCCUGGCCCAGGCCCUGGAGGGGCAGCGCCCCCUGCCGGCUAUGUACCCCGAAUUGCCUUCUACGCGGGUCUAAGGCGGCCUCACGAGGGUUAUGAAGUGUUGCGCUUUGACGACGUGGUGACCAACGUGGGCAACGCUUACGAGGCAGCCAGCGGCAAGUUCACCUGCCCCAUGCCAGGAGUCUAUUUCUUCGCUUACCAUGUGCUCAUGCGAGGCGGUGACGGUACCAGCAUGUGGGCCGAUCUGAUGAAGAACGGACAGGUCCGGGCCAGCGCCAUUGCUCAGGAUGCGGAUCAGAACUACGACUAUGCCAGCAACAGCGUCAUUCUGCACCUAGACGUGGGUGACGAGGUCUUCAUCAAGCUGGACGGUGGGAAGGUGCACGGCGGGAACACCAAUAAGUACAGCACCUUCUCAGGAUUCAUCAUCUACCCGGACUGAGCCCAGCACCUUACUCUCAUGUUCGUUCGCCCGCCCCCUCGACCCCUCGCUCUAAUCCGCACCCACCUCCUGCUAGCCCUGCCCAAGGCCCCAUCCUUCAGAGCCCGCAGUCUCUCCCGCUCCCCAGGCCACCUAGGCGGGGGCGAUUGGAUUCUUGGGGCUCAAGGGUUUUAAGUGGCUGGGGGAGUCAAGAGUUGGGAAGGCCAAGAUGAAGACAGCCGCUUAGGGAGGGACUACCUUGGGAUCCAAUGAAACCGGCCAGAGAGAGAGAGAGAGAGAGGAAAUUCGAGCGUGGCCCUCCCUUCUGCCUGGAACUGGGGGAAGCUUCACUAACGGAGAUCAAAGUCUCACCUCUCACCGGGGUAAAAAGGGGCCGUCCUAACAGCUUGGGAGGGAAAGGGCAGAAGAGAAGGAACCUGUCUAGGUGAGAGGGGGACUCUGGCACAGGUUAGAUACAGACCUCAGCAGCCACUCUUUCCCUUCCCCUCCCCCAUCUCCAUUUUUCAGGCUCCAACCACCAGCGGCCUUCCUGUGAACUGGAGGAGCCAAGGACUUCCUUCCUAGCAUUAAGAACCCAUUUUGUACAGUCCCCAUUCCACCCCUCUCCAGGCUAGGUCCUGGAGCUACAGAUCAUGUCACUUCUCUCAAUAAAGUGAGGUUGGAGAUUG